GGAUGGGAUCUCCUUCGGAGUCUCCAGCAGGGAAACUUUUCGUACCUCCCCCUCAGCCUGCCUGCUUGGUUCCAACAGCGCGUCGAUGGUCAAAAGGUUCACAUUUGGAGGCGCACAGAGGACCGGCGGCUCUCUACAAGAGCAGAGGUGAUUCACGUAGGCAGAAUGUGCCAGAAUCCUUAAAGAUAAACUAAAGGCUUUGGACGAUACUCGAUCGUUUUUUUUGAUUGCCGUACGUAUACCAGGCGCCAUGGCUCAAGCUGAAGUAGCACUCCUGCGGUGCGCGUUGUUUUUUCUCUACCUGCGUGUCUGCUUGAGCCAGCUUGAUUGCACCGGCACGGACUGUCCCCUGCUGGACAACUGUAUUGAAGAAGUCCUGGAGAGUGGUGCCUGUUGUGCUACAUGCUUACAAAAAGGAUGCGCAUGUGAGGGUUACCAGUACUAUGACUGCAUCAGUGCUGGAUUCAAGAAUGGCAAGGUACCCGAGGGAGACUCCUACUUUGUUGAUUAUGGGAGCACAGAGUGCUCCUGCCCUGCAGGCGGGGGUCGGAUCAGCUGCCACUUCAUCAGCUGUCCCGAUAUCCCACCAAACUGCAUUGAGGUUUCAGAGCCUGCAGAUGGCUGCAUGCAGUGUGAACGUGUUGGAUGUGUUCAUGCUGGACAAAAGUAUGAGGCUGGACACUCCUUCCAUAUUGACAUGUGCCGUGUGUGCCACUGUCCCAAUGAAGGGGGGAAGUUAAUGUGCUACCCGGUACCAGACUGUGAUGCACAGAAAUUUCAUAAUCCCAUGUUAGCUACUCCCACAGAAGAUAAUACAGUCAUCAGGCAUGAUAAUUUCCCAUACAGGUUUGACCAACAAGGCCACACAGAGCAAUUUGCCACCCCAUAUCACCUUCCCAAUGGAAAUCUUCCUCUCUUUAAAUUGCCACCACUUAAAGAGGAACCAGAAGACUACGAUUAUGGUCCUACAGACUCUCCAGAGAGCUACCCACAGUCCCUGGUCUUUCCCACUACAUCCUCUCCUUCUUUUAAAAAAGGUCUAUCCGUGUCCCAAGGCUCUGCCAAACCUGAUCGAGCCUCUUCUCUUCAGAGCUUUGACAGGCAAGGCAAACAGGCACUGAGAGAACGAUAUGGAGUUCAUGACCAUCCUUCAGGCAGAGAGGAAGUGACAGAAAGUCCCCUGAGACUAGAGCAGAGUACUGACAUGCCACAGAUGCAUGCCACAUCUUCUUGGCAGUCCUCACUGGGUCUAACAAGUUUGCAAGGUGUCCUUUUUAAUAAUUUAAGGCCUCAGAAAGAUUUAGACGAUCCACUGCAUGCCCACAAGAGUUUGGAUAGUGUCAUAUUUCCAUUACACAGAGAAUUAGAAAGUGAAAAGCACCCUGAGUUUCCACACGUGAGUUCCGAAAGUGCCGUUUAUCAUCAGCGAGGCACUGAAACUAAGGCACAUCACAAAAGUACAUCAGAUAGUGUGGCACCCAGAGGUUCUAUCAGUCAGACCAAUGUGAGUCUUCCAGUAAGGGAUACAGAGAUCCAAGCCAAUCAAGAAAGAGGAUCAGAUACAGUACAUUUUCCACUGUAUGCCAUAGAAAGCUCAGAGGCUCCAGUCCAUCCCCACACAAGUUCAAAUGGUCAAAAAGAAAUGGAGAGGCCAGUCACAGUUUAUGAUGAGGAAAGGUUGAAUAAUGAAGAGAAAGAUGAGGAAAAACAGGAAGAAAUAGUAACAUUUCAAAAUGUGCCUGGAUCUGAAGUAAAGGAUGUGCCUUACACAGCCAAGACGGUGCAACAAGAGAGAAGCAAAGAGGACUCAGAAAGCAGCAUUCCAACCAGCAUUUACGAUAAGGCCACUAUUGAGCCUGCCACUCCCUCCCAAAGGUGGCCUGAGUCCCUGACAACACCUGUAUUCCAUUUUAUCACCACCACCCAGCCACCAAUGAGAGUUAAACUGGAUGAGAGUCAGCCCCGUGGAGAGCCAGAUCAGAUGCUGCUUAGCCUUCACAGUGAAGGCAGAGAGGAGGCAAAGGAAGGGGUGAAAGAGGCCGAGGAACAUCGCCCUGUUUUGCUCAUCAGACCUGAGGAGGGUGUGUCCUCUGAGGAUCUGCUGCAGAGCUGCUGCACUGCUGGCCAGAGAUGGGCCUCUGAAAAUGGUAACUGCAAGCACAUGCCUCUGCUCAACAAUGACAAGCAUUCUGUUUGCAGUGUUGCACAGAAGCAGUGCUGUCUCAGCUCUGUGAAGGAAAGGCAGUGUGAAUUAGGUGUGACUGCAGCCAGAGAUGGGGACAGCUGUGAAGUGGAUGAGGAGGACUCGUGCCCAGAUGACUCCUAUCAGGUGUGCUGCAGCUGCUGUGUGCUUGGCUUACGGGUCCGCAGCGAAGGACGGGGUUGUGACGCUCACCAGCACCUGGGCUACCCAUGCGGUCACAUCUUCCUCACCUGCUGUGAGGAAGAGGACGGUCCGAGCCAAAUCCGGCUGAUGAGAAAGCAGAAGCAGAGACCAACUCCCCUGCCCAGGAGAGUAUCAGAAAGUAAGUUCCCCAAGGAAGCCUUCUCCAUCAGUUCCACAGAUGAAGCUGCCAACACGGUAGAGGAGCAGGAGGAUGUUGAUGAGUGUGAACUCUACCGCGGCCAGCUGUGCCAGCACACAUGCACCAACACCUGGGGCUCCUAUCUCUGUGGCUGCCGCCAGGGAUACAUCCUGCAGCUGGAUGGACAGUCCUGUGCACCAGUGAGCCCCGAGGAGGACAACAGACUUAGAGAAGUCGACAGUCCAGCUGCUACCACCACCACCACCACUACAACCAUUUCAACCACCGCCAGGCCUUUCAGCCUCAAUCCAUGUGCAGACAAUGGUGCCUGCAGUCAGCAGUGUACUGCCGUGGCAGGCCGGGCUCGCUGCUCCUGCUUCCCAGGGUUCUCACUGAUGACAGACGGACGCACAUGUGAAGAUGUGGAUGAGUGUGUGACUGGUGCCCACAGAUGCAGGCCCAGCGAGCGCUGUGUGAACACAGAGGGUUCGUUUGUGUGCGAGCUGCAGGUCACUUGUCCUGCUGGCUACCAGCUGAGGAACAGUCUUUGCGAGGAUAUUGAUGAGUGCACAAUUAGAACCCAUAACUGUGGUAUGGGCUUUGUGUGUGAGAAUACACUGGGCUCUUUCCUGUGUAAGCCCAAACACAAGUGCGUCAGUGGCUUCACACAGGACUCUCAUGGCAACUGCAUUGAUAUAAACGAGUGCACCAGUCUGAGUGAGCCCUGCAGUUCGGCCUUUAACUGUAUCAAUACUGUCGGCUCCUACACAUGCAAGAAGAAGACCGUGAUGUGCAGCCACGGUUACCAAGCCAGCCCUGAUGGAGCCAAGUGUGUUGACACUGAUGAGUGUAAGAUGGGCACACACCGCUGUGGAGUGGGCCAGAUCUGCCACAACCUCCCCGGCAGCUACCACUGUGACUGUCAGACUGGCUACCAGUAUAACGCCCUAACCAAAGUCUGCACUGAUGUAAAUGAGUGCUGGCGCUAUCCUGGCAGGCUGUGUGCCCAGACGUGUGAAAACACCCCAGGCUCCUACCACUGCUCAUGCACAGCUGGCUUCUCCCUCGCAAUCGAUGGCAAGAACUGUGAAGAUAAAAAUGAAUGUGACCAAAAGCCUUGCAGCCAGGAGUGUGCCAACAUCUAUGGCUCAUAUCAGUGCUACUGUCGCCAGGGCUACUACCUGAAAGAGGAUGGACACACCUGUGAAGAUAUUGACGAGUGCUCCCAGAGCAUCGGGAACCUUUGUGCCUUCCAGUGUGUAAACACUGCCGGCAGCUAUAAGUGUGCCUGUCCUCCUCAUAGAUAUGUCAUGGCUGCCAAUGGACACACCUGCAGAGAUAUUGAUGAGUGCGCCACUGGCACCCACAACUGCUCCUUUGGGCAGACCUGCUUCAACCUUCAGGGAGGCUUCAGGUGUCUCUCCUUCGACUGUCCUCACAACUACAAGAAAGUGUCAAACACACGCUGUGAGCGGAACAGCUGUCCCACUAACUCCUUAGACUGUAAGAAGUCUCCCUUGUGGAUCACCUACUACCAGCUCACCUUCCAGACCAACAUCAUCAUUCCAGCCCAGAUCUUCAGAAUCAGCCCAUCCCCUGCCUACUCUGGAGAUCAUAUUGUUAUUGGCAUCACAAAGGGUAACAAAGAGGGCUACUUCAGCACCCGCAAGCUGAACAGCUUCACAGGUGCUGUCUACCUGCAGAGAAAGGUCCGCGAACCCAAAGACUUCCAGAUAGAUGUGGAAAUGAAGCUGCUGAGGCAGGGGACGUUCACAUCAUUCCUGGCCAAGAUUUACGUCUUCAUAACGCCCAGCACUAUGUAAUACCAAAGAGACAGACAGAGACUAGACAUUUCGUAUGGUGCUAAGCAUUUUUGGCUUUCAGUUUUUCGUAAUGCCUCUCAAAGAAUCUUGUAGAAUAUUGCCAGAGAUUUAACUAUUCCUGUUUUAGCAGGCUUUCUGCUGUGGUUCCGUGACAAUAGUGUUUCCUGAAAAAACUUGUACUUGUAUGUAUGUAUUUUUCUGCUUCACUCUUGCAAACAUAACUUACGCCAAUUUUAGUGUCUGGUCAACUGUUUGUAUAGACUGGGGCUGGUCUGGUUCAGUGGUUUAUUCUCAGAUUUACUAUUUUCAAAAUGGCCUACCCAUGAAAAAUAGUUCUUGAAGAAACAAAUAAAACUUUGCAGCCUUAGAACUUAAACCUGGUUUAUGCUUACCAUUUUCGCCCUCGUGAACGGUGGUGUAAACCAAAAGUGACACCACAACCUCUUGCACCACCAUUUUGGUGUUGUUUCAGCUUUCGUGCACCUCAGUUUUUGUAACCUGUGGUAUGACUGGGAUUAAGACACAAGUGUAACAUUGUGUUGGUUUUCUCCACCAUUUCAAUGAUAUAUCAGUGCAGGAGCUUAGAGAUUCUCAGAUUAUAGAGAAAAAGAAACUUUUUGUAGAACAUUUUGAGAAAAAAAAAAAACUCCACAAAUUCUUUGCUUCCCAUUUAUACUUCUUCUAUUUCUAUAUCAGGGUUGAAGGUUUUUUUGAGUGGUGACGUGUCAUUCAGGAGAAUAGUGCAGCGAGUCCAGCGCACCUUCUAGCACCAGUAUAAAUGGUGUUGGGGUUUUGGUGAUGUCACAGUGGCCACUUUGGAUUAACUGAGGUCCAAAACUGACAAAAUUAAUAUGAAUAUAUGAAAACAAAUUAUAUUGUUUACUAAACAAUUCAAAUAAAAUCUAAAAAGAAAUAUGUUUUAAUUUCUUCAGUUUGAAAAUCUUUUGAAUAACCGAUCGUUUAUUUUAUUUUUCCAUUUUUGGCCACAGCGGCUAUCGACAGUGGAGAGAGAGACAGGAAAUGGGGGAGAGAUACGCGGGAAAAUUGGCGACGGGACGGGACUCGAACCCACGCCACCCGCACCACAAUGUGGCUUGCGUAUAUGAUCGCCAGCUUCACCACUAAGCCACCCAGGCACCCCAAUUGUUUACUAUGUGUGAUAAUUAAGGGUAUAUAAGGAUAUUGAAUAUUGUAUGUAUGUUUUACUUGGUAUUUUUUGUGAUUUGGCAUAAUUUUAAUAUUUCACUUUUUUAUUUCUCAUGUAAAUGAUAAUGUGAGAGACGUAUGUCCAUGCGUCUAUGUCUAGGCCAAGAAUUUGUUCAAAGUUGGAGUCUUAGAGUUUUGGCAUUAAAGAAUAAAUCUGGUCUAUUUCAACUUGAUUUCUUUCCCCGUUAUAGUGGUAAUUGUGCCUCUAAGGGUGUCUAAUUCAGGAAAGUGAUGAGUUUCACCAAUAAAUAAAUAAUAAAAAUAAAAGAAACAAAAUUUUGUUAUAAAAUAUUUUUUCCCAAAGAAAUUUAACUACAAUUCAGUUCAAUUUAAUUCAAUUUUAUUUGUAUAGCACCAAAUCACA